AUGUCCAAGAAUGGAAUAGCAGUUGAUCCAGGAAAGAUCGAUGCCAUUAGAGACUGGCCCCAACCCAGGAAUGUCUCAAAGGUUCGAAGCUUCUCAGGGUUAGCGGGUUAUUACCAGAAGUUUUUCGAGGGUUUUUCUAAGAUUGCCACACCCUUGACAAACUUAACCGGCAAACACAAAAAUUUCACUUGGAUGGAGAAGUGUGAAGAAAUCUUUCACACUAUGAAGGAUAAGUUGAUCUCUGCACCUAUCCUUUAUGUUCCCACAAAGGGUGGGAUGUUUGUGGUGUAUUGUGACGCAUCGAAGAACGAUUUAGGUUGCAUAUUGAUGCAAAAUGGGAAGGUGGUAGUCUAUGCUUCAAGGAAACUCAAGGACUAUGAGUAG